AUGAACACUGCUUCCCGCUUCCACCUCCGCGGCCAGGCGCAGCCAUAUCUGGACCGCGAGAGAAACGGCGUGCCAGACGAUUCGGGCAAUGAAUGUGAGCUGGCCCACGAUUGCCAUGAUCUACCACGAUUCCAGUCCACUGACAGCCAGGCAGCCGAAUCACUGAUACGUCGCAAAUUCCAACGCACGACCACCGACGCCACGAACAACGACGACACCUUCCGAAAGCCUUCAAUACCGGCAUCAGCAUCGAGACCUCAGCCCGAUCAGCGGGCUGGUUUCAGCCACCACCGAAGACGUAGUACACUGAGAGAAAACGCGAGGGUGCCGAGCGGACCGCGAGAGUUCCCCAGCCCAGGCAAAAGAAAGACUGACGUGCAUGGUAGAACCGCCAGUGGGAGCAUUGGCUCAAUCGCGCCUUCUGUGACCGAAUCCACAAACACGUCUCGUUCCUUCUUACCGCAGAGCUCUUCCGAACCAUUCUUCCCCAACGCCGGCGAGGCACCUCGAUUCAGCUUUGGCAACCCCUCUUCCAACGACGACAACGACUCCCCCACGACCCCUGCCGAACGACUUGGUGACGAAUUCGAUUUCAUCCCAACCGUGAACUUCGACGACCUUCAGAAUUCAAUUGCUAAUUACGAUGGCAAUGGCCCGCUUCUGAGCGAUUUCCCAGCCGUGGGCGGUGGAAGAGUGGUGCCGAAAGAGACGGGCAAUAACCGCGUGAAGGACAGCAAUCCAGCGAGCUCCAGACCACCUGUACCCAAGGUGGAGGCAAGAGAAGAGCCGAGUGUGAGCAGGAGUGCAAGUCUGCGGAGGAGACUGAGUUCUGUCACUGGAGGGAAGCAGACCACCGGCCAAACCACCAAGGACAACGGCAAUGCUCCUCAGAGUGGUCUCUCACUUCGAAGCAGACGCCAAAGCACAGCACCUCAAGGACCACCGCCCUCUGGCCCUGCACCACCACCUGCAGGAGUUGGCAGCCGAGCUCCCAGAAAGUCUGUUGGUCCUGGUGUUAUUGCGUCCAUGAUGGAGGGCAGAAAGGCAUCUCAUCCACUGCCAAGCGCCCCGGAUUCUACGUUAAAGUCCUCACUGGCCCGCACGAACAGUCUCACCAAGUCGUCAAGACGUACCACGAUGCAGCCGUCAACAUCAGCAGGUGCGGAACUUCCCCGUAUCUCAGCUGUCACUGCGACGACGCAGUCUCGCGCGAACAAAGUGAAGAGUUUACAACCUCCUCCACGUGAACCAGAUCCCAAUACACCAAACUCUCGGCCGGUCUCGAAGGGAAAUCCAACCCGAGCCACCACUCCAUCUUCGUCCGGCAACAGGCGACAAUCAACAGUCUCGGGACGAGCGUCAGGUUUGGGAGCGCGAACGAUCAGUCCAACAGAUGCACGCCGUCUCAAGCGGCUGUCCAUGAUGCAGGCUCCUCCGCUACCAAGUAGCGUGGCUAAAGGUAGUGCAGGGCCGGCGCAGGAGGAGAUGCCGCCACUGAAGAUUGAGAUGCCACGUCUCGCGCAACCAAGCCCGAGUCUGAUCCCAAGGAGGACCAGCAACACCACACCAACGUCAGCUCGCACUUCGCCAGAAGCUCGUGUUGGUAACAACGGCGGCAACGGGGGCGUGAGCCUCAGCACCAAAUCGAGCUAUCAAUCGCUCCUCGCAUCAUCCGCUUCAACAUCUCGCCUGCCAACGCCUAAGCCUCGAAAUGUUAAUUCCAGUUCUGGCCAGUACGGCGAGGACGAAGAGAUGGUGCCACCGGUUCCGGCGAUACCCAAGGCAUAUGAAAGCCCUCGAGAGUCUGAGGCACAACAACAAUACUUUACUGGCCCCCUGAAGUCGUCACAAAGUGGAUAUGGGGGAAACAGUGGCGAGGAUUUCGAAGCUGAUACUCAACUCACGAGCAAACUUCCAAAAGCCAACCAAGAGAUGCCUAAUGAUACGCGGCGGAAGACUUCGGUCGAUCGUCCUCGAGCACAUCAGCGUAUGAACACGAUCGAGAACAUCGAACGAAGCGUGAACAUGACGGCGCCGAAGCCAGCAAGACCGCAAGUCGAUGCGAAUGGCCGCAAGAACAAUAAUUUGCAGCCUCUGCGCCUAUCGCCACUGAACUUGAUGCCGAUCAGUCAGCACAACUCGAACAGAGCUUCAGGGUUUCGGCGUCCGAGCCAGGAAGUAGAGACUAGAGACGACUACGCGAAUGCUCAAACCCCAGAGCCGAGACGUGCUGCAAAGACCCCGUCAACGCCCAUGACCGCCAGCAAAGCCACAUUCUUCCGUCGCCAGGAUGAUGAGUACGCAAAACAAAUGGCUUUGAGGAGUGCAUCCUCACACUAUGCCUUACGCGACUUGAUGCAACUCGAUGACCAUACCACAAAGUUUUUUGAUGAUUCCGACGUUGAACUCACGGGGGUUGGCGUUCCAGUCCCGCAUGCCAAACAACGCAGUGCCAUCACUCCCUUUGCCUCGGGUUCCUUGCCAAAGGCGUCAGGAGAAUUUGGCCGGCCACGAGGGAGGCCUAGCGUUGAUAAUGAUGACUACACCAUGAGUAACUUCGAGACCUUCCAGCAACUGCAGAAUGUGAAACCCCAAGGACCACGAUCCAGCAGAAGCGGGACCAAUACUUCUUACAAGACAGCAGAAACCCCCAACUCUCUUGAGAGUCCGGUGGAAUCAGGUCAAGCCGAUGGCAAGAAAGAAGGUGGACUGCGACGGAAGCUUUCCCUUGGCUGGCGGCGGAGCAGCAGCAAGGCGAACAACCAUCCUGACAACAAGUCCAGCCCUCAAGAGCCACCGGCGUCUGAGAAAGAGAAGCACGCCAAGCUGCAGAAGCGAGCGAGUGAGAUGCCACCGCCAAGGUUACCGGCCAGUGCAACUUGUACAGGAGAUAUUCCAACAGUUCCGUUCGCGACGACAAGACCAAGCCUCGACUCGUCACGCCGCAAGUCAACUGCCACGCCCAUCAACACGCUUUCCAGCGCCCAUGUACAAAAUGAACAGGAGCCGCCUACACCAACCUCGAAAACCAAAAGUCUACAUUCUGAGCAGCCACAACCUGUGCAGGCCUCUAAUAGAGCUAGCAGUUGGGGCAACAUUGGUGCGAACGGAAGACCAGCAAAUCUGAAAGGGCCCUCGCAAGCACCAAAAGCCCGCCAAGGGUCGACAGCAUCAACUCUAUCCGCUAUUGUUAAAGACAAGGACGACCAUACCGCCGACGAGGAGAUGCGCCGCUUGUCCCAAAAGCGACGAGAUGUCGAUACAGCUGCCAAGGAAACCGAGGAAUUGAAGAAACGUGCUGUGGCUCGCUCCCCCAUGAGUCCAGAGCGCGUUCUGCAUGAUCGUAACUGCACUCUCAACAUCUUUGAGCGCGGCGAAGUUAUGGACUACGAAAAGGACGGUGUUUACUUCACCGGCAACAAGAAUGCACGGAAGAUCAUCGGCAGUCUCAGUCCUUCGCCGUCAGGGGACAAAGACUCCAAAGCAGGCAACUACGGCUACGACGACGAACGUGGAGAUUACAACAUCGUGCUUGGUGAUCACCUAGCGUAUCGAUACGAAGUUGUAGACAUCCUUGGCAAAGGCAGCUUCGGACAGGUUGUUCGAUGCGUGGACCACAAGGACGGAGGUGUAGUGGCGGUCAAGAUCAUCCGCAACAAGAAACGAUUCCACCAGCAGGCAUUGGUCGAAGUCGGUAUCUUGGGCCGCCUGAGGGAUUGGGAUCCCGACGGCGCUCACGCCACGCUCUCCAUCACGUCCUCGUUUUACUUUCGCUCGCACUUGUGCAUUGUCACGCCCUGCCUCAGCAUCAAUUUGUACGAGCUGAUCCGAGCUCACAACUUCGUCGGCUUUUCGUUGCCACUCAUUCGUCGAUUCGCCCGCCAACUGCUUACAUGCCUGGUGCUGUUGCAGAACAAGCGCAUCAUUCACUGCGAUCUCAAACCUGAGAACAUCCUGCUUUGCGAAGCUCGCAAAGCUGAUGUCCGAGUCAUCGACUUUGGCAGCAGUUGCAAGGAAGAAGAGAAGGUGUAUACGUACAUUCAGUCCCGCUUCUACCGCAGCCCUGAAGUCAUUCUUGGAAGCAGCUAUGGCUUAGGCAUUGAUAUGUGGUCUCUUGGCUGCAUCCUUGCUGAGCUCUGGACUGGAUAUCCGCUCUUCCCCGGCGAGAACGAACAAGAACAGCUAGCCUGCAUCAUGGAGAUAUUUGGGCCACCAGACCGGCACCUCGUCGAGCGCUGCACCAGGAAGAAGCUCUUCUUUGACUCUGUUGGAAAACCAAGAGUCACGGUCAGUAGCAAGGGCCGACGACGGAGGCCAAGUUCGAAGACUUUGUCCCAGGCUUUGAAGACAGAGGACGAAGCCUUCCUUGACUUCAUCACCCGCUGCCUGCGUUGGGACCCGGAUCGUCGACUUAAGCCCCAAGAUGCCAUCAGCCAUCCAUUCAUCACGAAUCAACCUCUCAAUCAGCGACCUGGAAUCCCAGAUGAAGCUCGCCGCGCUGCGCGGUUGAGAUCGACUGCAGCAGCUUCGACCACCAACAAUGGGAUACCCAGCCCGGUAAAGCGGGUACAUACAACCGGCGGCGUGGCUACGAACUCGGGAAAUGCAUUCGCACAGCAGCAGGCCCAGCAGACUCCUGCAAAGGAGAGAAGUCGACCAUUGCCAGAGACACCGCAGACCGCAUUACGGAAUGGAGCCCCUGCAACAUCGAGCAAUAGCCACGCCAACCAGGGGUCGCCAUCCAAGCAAGUCGGGGGCAACCGCAGGCAAAGCGUUGCAACGGGCAACUCCGCUGCUGUGGCGGGUAGCAAGAGGGCAAGCAACGGCGUGCCGGUCGUCGGUUCCUCGGCUACCAGCGGUCCAGGAUCGCAGCGUCAAGCCAGCGGCAGCAGCGCAAGCAGUCUAGCGCAGAUGGCUGCACGGGAGGCCAAUGCUGCGCGGUGGAGGCCUUGA